GAGACGGUUGGAAAUGAUUAUAAGCAGGCAUGCUUGGGCUCUGUUAUCGAAUGCUCUAGCUAUCUCGUAAAUAGUUAUAAUAAGCGGACUUAUUUUUCGCAAAAAUAAAUACAGGAUCGGAUGCAAGAGCCCCAUGUUUUCCCAUCCCUUCUACUCCCAUUUCUACCCCUUGCAAGCAAUUGCGCUUGCUAAGCAUGUGCGCGCAGAUAAAAAAAAUCGAAAUACAGUCGAAGCUCUCGUAAGAGACCAGCUCCGUUAACGACCACAAUUUUCAGUUCCCAAGGUGGUCGCUUACGAGAGCUUCAACUGUACUUGCUAAGGCGGCCAUCACAUCAUUGAAAAAAGCCCGACUCAGGCUCCCUGUAUGUCAUUAUGGCUGCUAGGGACUGGUUGCUAGGUAAAAUCCAAGAUGGCGGUUCGAGCAAUCACACUUAGUGACUUUGAUUGUGAGCAGAGUUGAGUUUUCUUCCAGAUUGUAAAUAAAAACCUAGCGACGACAUGAAUAGAGGAUCCGGCGGGCCUCCUAGAAGGCCCAAAACCAGCGCAAAAAGUCAUUUGCCAACUGGUGACUUUAUAGCGCUUGGUCCAAAAGGAUCUCGGCCUCCAGAGACAGAACUUAAGCCACUGCAGCCCCCAAAGCUGCCGCAGCCUGUUCCACCCAAGAAACCAGCAGUGACUGUCAUCGCUGAGCGCAAGAGGGAGUCAACAAGCCCUCUAACACCCACUGCCAAGAGGCCAAAACUACUUGCCUCUCCCCCAUACUCCCCUCUUUCAUCCAAGCCGGGGGAGCUAGAGAGCAAGAGGCCUGGCACUAGCACCCAGUCUUCCCCUUCUCAUCUCACACCUAUUGAUGUGAACCCUUCUGACUUGGAGCGCCAAGUGUUGGAAGCUGAAAGUAAUGGAGAUAGACUAAGAGUACAAGGGUUACUACUCGGCUCAGUGAGAUCUCUGAAGGCAAACCGCAAUAAACCAGACCCCAUAGCCUACUUGAAUCUGUUGUACUUGGCCAAGCAUAAGCCAGAUUUGUUUGGUGCACCAAGGAUUAUUGAGGCUUUGACCUCAAUCCUAAAGAGAGACAUCUCCAUCAACAUCAAGACCAACAAAACCACAGCAGCACUUGUCCCUGUGAUGGCAGCCAACAUACUCCUCUACAUCUACCAAGAAGAGGAUGAGUGGCCAGAGUCUUUUGUCAAAGUCUACAUUGAAGACUCCCUCGGCGACAGGGUGUGGGUGGACAAUGAGGCUUGUCAAUCAUUUGUGGAUAACAUCCUGACAGCAUUUGGUACUAAGACCACGCCCAGGGGGAUCACUCGCCAGGGGAGUGACCCAGGUAGUAAGGGCGGGGCAGUAGAGACUGCUGCUGCCACACCCAUUUCGCAGCAACCUGUGAGUACUUCUGUGAUAACACCAACUGCAGGAAAAGAGGAUGAAGAACUCUUGGAGGAAGUGGAAAUGUCAUCAAGUCUGGAGGAUGACAUAAUCCCAGUGAUCCCAAGAUUCCUGGCUACCUCUGUUGAGCAAAACAUCAGCUCAUACAUCAUGGAGCUGGUUCAUGACCAGCUGAGCAGACGGACACCAGUUGACAGCAUUCCCAGGAAUCUUCUGAGGGUACUGACGGCAACUUGUGGCUACAGCCAAGUCCGGCUACUGGUAUCACAGCGUAUCGAAGUCUGGCUUCAGAAUCCGAAGCUUACCAGACCCGCUCAAGAGCUCUUGAUGUCUCUGGCUCAAAACUGUAACAGCCAUAGUCACGAGGAUGUUGAAGUGAUCAGUAACCUCAUCCGGAUGAGACUCAAGACCAAGCCACUUGCCAAUCACUAUGUCACAUGUAUCAGAGAGCUGAUCGGUCAGCAUACAGAGAAUCUUGGUACAGUGUUGAAGCAUGUGAUCUACAACGAGCUAUCAACUACCAGGAACCCCAACAACAUGUCUUUGCUCGGGAUGAUGUACCUUCAUAAGCCAGAUACUGUUGCUAAGCUGCUGGCAAUGGUGUUCCAGGACCUUCUCGCCAAUAGGGAUGACUAUUUGAGAGCGUGCAGGGCCUUGCUGAGAGAGGUGAUGCGUUCUUUGCGAUACGAAGUGAACUGUGUUGUGCUGUGCCGUGGCUUCAUGUCUGAACGAACUGAAAGCCAGUUUAAAGAUCUGGAUUCCCCUCUUAAGGAGAGAAUGCUUAUAUCACUAACAGAUCUCAUUGCCAUGACAACAAUGUUGUCAGUCACACCUGCAGUGAAGGAUGUGGCUGCCGCCUUUGCAAGAGGAGACAAAAAAGACCUCUCGGUGCUUCAUCAAUUCCAGAAGAACGUGUCAACAAUUCAGAGAGAUGCUGUGUGGUGGCUUCAUACAGUUGUCCCGAAAAUGUUCAACCUCACUGCCAAAGAGUACAAUGCAUGCCUGCAGAAAGUUCUGUUCCUUGAACCAGUUGAAAAUUACAGCGGAAAGGACAAUUGGCCCUCUGAAGCUGACAAAGGCCUGCUGUACUCUCUGGCUAGUGAUGUCCCUGUGCAAGAGGAUACACUGAUGAGAGUGGUGAUUAUUGGACUAUCUGCUGAACUGCCUGUAACUGCACCCGAAGCCCUGGAUAUUGCAGACAGGCUGACAAGGAGGGCUGCUUCACUCAAAUCAGGUGUGACAUCCCUGAGUGUGAAUCGCCUAGAGCUGCUAGACGCUGUGUUGAACCUCUGUGCCUACCACUACCCCAAUGAGAUUCAGCUGCCCGCAGGCUACGUGCCCCCUAAACUGGCUAUUGCUAACCUUUACUGGAAAGCCUGGACUCUACUAGCUAUCGUGGCAUCUCUAAACCCUUCGUCAAUAGGUCAUGCCGGUUGGGAAAAUUUUCCCAUGCUGAAAUGUAUGAUGGAGAUGAUUCUAACAAACAACUUUGUAUUUCCGCCCCCAACAUCUGCUGCUACAGGAGAUGAAAGAGACCAGAUCACAGCCCAAGAUGUCCAGAUUGCUCAGUUGGAGAAGGAGGACAUCCUUGAAUUUGAGACUCACCUUGCCGCAGCCACCACUGGCGUCACCAUCACCGAGAGCAACAGCCUGCUUCUCGCCCAACUCACCAGCAUGGACCCUGUUGGCCCAGCUAGACGCCCUCCUCAAGCCGUUCUCGAUCAGCUUAAGACAAUCAACAAAUCCCUGAAGCUGGGACAGAUGCUGUGUCGCAGCCGCUCACCCGAUUUCUUACUCGACAUCAUACAAAGACAGGGAGCAUCCCAGAGCAUGCCCUGGCUCGCCGACCUGGUCCAGUCAUCCGAGGGUUCUCUAGAUGUCCUUCCUGUUCAGUGCCUCUGUGAGUUCCUGCUAAUGGAGAAACCUAGAAAAGCUGGCAAAGUCGGCGAGGGGAGCAAGGAACUCGAUAAGAAAAUGAAUAUCCAAGGUCAUGUGUUAACCCGCCUGCGGGCUCUCCUUCGAGAGGAGGCCGCCACAGCUGAGUCUACCGCCGAGGUGCUUGAAUACUUCAUGAGGCGUCUUUCUUCCAUUGUAACAGCAGAAAGAAACGCUGCUACCAAGGGCUUGGAAAAAGUUCUCUCAAUGGAGUACUUCUCAGAAGAAACCCAGCCGCCAGUGUUGAGUGUUGAUACUGAUGCUGCCAUGGAAACUACCCUGGAGGAUCUAUCAUCCUUUCCAGAAGUAUCUGGGAGUAAACUGAAGUCGUCUUUUAGCUGGCUCCUGAUUCAUCUGCCAAACCUGCCGUACUUCGAAAAUGUUCGCUCAAUUUGCUGCUUUGCAUUAAGACAGUGCUGUCAAGUUGAGAUCGCCCCCUUGAGACUGCAGGCGUACCUCGUAUUUCUUGCAGAGCACACAGGUGGCCCAUUAGAGAUGGACUUCUCCGAUACUUUACUGGAAAUCUCACAGCUCGUGAUUGAAAGACCGACAAUCUUGAACCAAGUUCUGAGUUCUAGUAAUUCUGGAGAGGAAACACAUAAGGCAAUCCUUGGAAUGUACAAUACCGCAAUCCUAAACGCUAUUGAGAUGCAGGAAAGCUCGUACUUUGAGAAUGAUAACCAGGACCAGUUGUUUGUGCAAUGGUCCAAGGACACGGUGCAUGCUGGGAAGGCUGCUACCAUGCACGCCCUUGUCAUCCAAGCAGCAAUUGUACUUCUUACUUGGCCUCCCCCUACAGGUGAACAAUCAGUGUACAGUGUGUUACUGGACACGUGGUGUCCACAUGGUGGUCACGUGAAAGUCUAUCUCACGGACACGGGAGAGGAGGCUGUGUUACUGCCAGAGUGGCUCAGACUGCGCAUGAUCAGAGCGAAUGUACCAAGAGUAGUAGAUGCAGCUGUGACGGAGCUUCUGCCCACUCAAUUGGUGUUGUUUGCCCAGUCGUUCGGGAUACCUGUGUAUAGCAUGAGCAAACUGCUUCAGCAGCUUGACCUAGCGGCCGAGGAAGAUCCUCAAGGCAUGUCAGAGGCGGUACUCGAUAAAGGUUACAUGCUUCAACUAGUAGCCGUUCAGCAGCUCCGUGGGGCAUCUGGUGGUGACGUGUUCUGUGCACUUCUCACGGACGAGGCUCUUACAAAGCCAACAGGUCAAGAACUCGCCGAUGAGGGUCGCCUAAGUCCCCUCACGGUCGUUCCUCCUGUGACACCGCUGACCAGUAAAGAUGAGCCUAUGGAAAUGGACGAGUUUGCGUCACCUGAUAGCCUGGAAGAGCUUGUUACCAAGUGUUUGAGAGCAUCUACUGACGGUCUGCGGGAGUUGAGGCCUGUAACAUCCGAGAUACAAAAGCGUUUAACCCAAGAUGUUGUCAGUGCCAACAAGGGAGUUGUCCUAGAAAACAACAUCUCGGACAGAUUGAUCGAAAUUCUUCUUAAGUUGUUGAACACUGAUGAUGGGGCAGGACAAGCGAUGUUCACUAACUCCGGAUUCUUCUGUGGAGUGUUCAGACUUCUGAUGACAAGACAAACAGCCUUGAAGAAACAAGGAAAAGACUGCCCAUUGUUUAUUGAACUUGUGCGAAGACUUUUGUCCCAUUCUUCUAGAGGUGGUCCGUUGCUUACUGCGCUGCAAAGCUAUAGCAAACAACUAGGGAUGCUGGAUCGCUAUACGGCAGAGUCACCUCAAGUCAUCCUGCAAAGUAUCGCAGCUGGACCGGAAGUAAACGAGGAGCGAGUCAGAGAGUUUCUACUUGUCUCCAAGCAACAGCCAAUCAGAGCCUCUGAUCUUGACAGAGAUAUGGUGUUGCAAGCUGUGUCGAACCUGCGCAUGCGUGGUUCUCAUCUACUGGAGGAAUUCACCAAAGCGUUACUCAAGGCUUACCUUCUCCCACAUGAGCCCGGCGAGCCCGCAGACAAACCUUGGUCACCCAAGCGAUCUCUAACAACCAAGGCAUGCGCUGAUCUGUUGACGUCAUUACUAUCAACCGCGCCGCUUUCAGACGGCGCCCACGCAAACCUGUCCAGCGGCUUGUUUGUGGAUUGGUUUGAGAUGGUCGAUCCGGAGUUUGUUGGUAACAGCCCUCUGGCGCAAAGACAGCUACUGUUUAGCGACCGACCAUGCGGAAGUGAAGGUGGCUCGCUGACCAGUGGGACAGAGCGGUCUGCAGGCGCAUACCUGCUCGCUUCUAUGACCCAUCAGUCACGUUACGACACGCUACAGGACAGCUUGGACUGGAUCCUCGCGCAGGACAUGAACAACACCAACCUGAGUCCAGGUGCAGCGUUGGACUUUUUGUGGACAUGUUUCCACAUCCCUCGACUGUGGCAAGGGAGAGAUCAGAAGUCAUGUGCUAUCAAGGCCGGUGUGGAAGGGCCUGUGUUGUCCCUAGCCUCAGGACAGGUCUCUCACAUGGCGGGUCUGCUGCUGGCAGAAGUCAAGAACGCUGUCCUUCUCUUCUGUAAGAAGAAAGGUUUAGAUUUUAAGAGCUUGGAAAACUCGUUUCUGGAUCCCGAUUCUAGCGAUGUCAAGGAACAACACAGGGCGGAAGCAAAUGAGCUAGUCGGGAAAAUGAUCAGGCGUCGCAUGCCUCUAUUGCUACUCUGUUGCCACGGCGAUGACAGACAGCUCCAAACUACAGUCGACUUUCUAAUCAACACAACAAGAUGGCCGCGGUGGCUGACGGGACAGUUCCUCGUGCACCUUUACCUCGCCCAGCCCCGUAUUGUCACGUGGGUAAAAGACCUCAGUUCCCUGCUCUCGACAGAUGCGUACAGCAAGGCUAACUUCUGCCAGCUGGACGUUAUGUGCCAUCGAGUGCUGACGACAUUGGCCGAUUGUAGGCCUGGGCGCGAGUACGAAGACAAAGCCAACAACGCAAGUUUGCUGUGCAGAAAGAUCGCGGCCACACAUCCUAUGCUUCUACUGAGGCAUCUCCCGAUGAUCGCUGGGCUCCUUCGAGGACGAGUUCAUCUGAAUUCCAAGGAGUUCAACAGCCAGCAGCAUCUGUUGUUCUUCUCACACAUGCUAGGGAUUAUGGACCUGCUACGACCACACAUAUUCACCCGGGAUAAGUAUAUCGAGUCUGGUCUCCGCGAUGCACUGGACGUCUUCAUUGACCUGGUCGAGGCCCCGUGUCUCGGCGCAAAGGAGCUUGGUGGCCUCGCGACCAAACUGACCGAGUUCCUCUACAACUACUGCACGAGCUGUGCCGAGCAUGCGCACUCGCUCCUGAAGGCGAACGGCGCCCUACUCAUCGACCUACUGCACAAGUUCCCGGAUCUACCGCCCCUCAAGUGCCUCGUUAGUGCUCUCUCUGUCCCCGACGCACCUGAUCCUGCUGCUAACGCCGCUGGAGUCGGGACUGUAGGCUUAACUAAGUUCCGUUCUAUGAUCAUGCCGCUGGACGUUUCCGGUUGGACACCGGCUCAGCUCGCCCCAGCCCACCAGAAACUGGCGGCCACGCAACCACUAGAAGAGGUUUUGUCGGUUCUAGUGGAUCUGGAUGAGACUUCAAAACGGAAAGUUGACAUUCUACAGCACUUCGUGCCCGACUUGAUGCGUCUGAUGAGCGACACUAACUGCGCAUGUCGAACCAAGGCACACACUAUGGCCUUACGUCACAUCCGGCAAAAUCCAAGGGAAGCUCAUCGCUUUAUGAAUGCGUUCAUGACAUGCCUCAACUCGGCUGAGCCCCAAGUGGUCCUGACGGCUGCCAAGUUCCUCCCAGAGUUCAUCAUCUUGUGUAACGAGCAUGCAGGCUCUCUGUUAUACAGGCUGUUCUUUGCUGCCGUCUACGAAGGCAUCGAUGUUGGGCUCCCUGUGUCGAGGACACUGCAGCUGAUGACAGAAUGAUGGGCUCCCUGUGUCGAGGACACUGCAGCUGAUGACUGAUGGGCUCCCUGUGUCAAGAACACUGCAACUGAUGACAAAAUGAUGGGCUUUCUGUGUCGGGGACACUGCAGCUGAUGACUGAUGGGCUCCCUGUGUCAAGAACACUGCAACUGAUGACAAAAUGAUGGGCUUCCUGUGUCGAGGACACUGCAGCUGAUGACUGAUGGGCUCCCUGUGCCAAGAACGCUGCAACUGAUGACAAAAUGAUGGGCUUGUUUAAUUUGUUUUACCCCAACUCACUUUUCCAAGACUCACGUUUCUUUAGGCUACUGGGAAACCAGGAUUUCUGCAAUCGUGUAUAAUGAAAAUAAAAUCACAGUAGAAUUA